GAUGGUGAACUUUAUGAGUGUAUGCUUGAAACUUAUGUAUUUACAAAAAUUAGCAAUGACAGCCAAUAUAUACAGUUAAACAAGUAUUGGAAAAAUAUUAAAUCUUUUCGGAUAAAUCAAUAUCGAUGAAACACACAACCCAACCAUUAAGCUAUGGAUAUGUAUAGAAAGAACAAGAUGA